GCCAGCGGCAGGAGUGCCCCUGCUCCCCGGUUGCCACCAUCGAGCCACGGAUCAGAUCCCAGCUUGGUACUUGGAGAUGCUGCUACGCGACUCAAUCCCUUCCUGAAACGUGGGGUUUAAAGGACUGUGAACUGAAGCUGAUAAAUGAAAAUGAUUUUUUUUUCUUCUCUGUAUGAACAUAAAGAACUUUUCUUCAUUGCAGUUGUCUUCUUCCACUUGAGCAAAUGCUAAACUGAAAUACAGUGAACCUUUCUGCCUGAAACGCUCCCGAGGAUGAAGCAGCAAACGCAGCGGGGAAGCGAGAGCGCUGCAUGCAUGCAGCCAUUAUUCAGAAGAAGCUGUCUGCUCACAUCCCUCCGCGACUGUCUCUUCAUUUUAAAGACUAACGACUUCCUUCUCCUCCUCUCCCCCUUGAAGAAAUGUUUUCUUCCCCAUUUCUUUUAACGGCUAAGCAACGCAAUAGCAAAGGUAUUGAAACCCAGUCUACUGAAUAAUAACUUAAUGAUGUGAAGCCUGUGCUGUUCCUUUUGAAUGGAUGGCUGCUUUAGCAAGAGAGCUGCUGGGAUCUGCUCCCUGCUGCGAGGGAUGGCAGGAUGGAGAAACCUGGAUUGAAGCUGAACGGCAACCAGAGUGAAUCAGAGCACCUUGGAAUAGAUGCAAGUACAAGACGCUGCACCAGCUAAAGCUGCCCUGGAAAGCCAUGGCUGCCGCCCCUCAUCUCAACUCGGACGCGCUCCGAGAGGUCCUGGAGUGCCCCAUCUGCAUGGAGUCCUUCACCGAGGAGCACCUGAGACCCAAACUCUUACACUGCGGGCACACCAUCUGCAAACAGUGCUUGGAGAAACUCCUGGCAAACAGCAUUAACGGGAUACGCUGCCCCUUCUGCAGCAAAAUCACACGAACGACGAGCUUAGCUCAGCUGACUGACAACCUUACUGUGCUGAAGAUCAUAGACACCACCGGACUGGGGGAAGUGGUGGGUCUGCUCAUGUGCAAGGUCUGUGGGAGAAGGUUGCCAAGACACUUUUGCAAGAGCUGUAGCUUGGUUUUGUGUGAACCAUGCAAGGAGACAUCACACAUGCCCCAAGGGCAUAGAGUCAUUGCUAUCAAAGAGGCUGCUGAAGAGCGAAGGAGGGAAUUUGGGACAAGGCUUGCCAGACUUCGGGAGCUCAUGGGUGAUCUGCAGAAAAGAAAAGCAUCUUUGGAGGGUGUUUCGAGAGACCUACAAUCUAGAUAUAAAGCAGUUCUGCAAGAUUACAGCAAAGAAGAGCACAAGAUCCAGGAAGAACUGGCAAGGUCACGCAAGUUCUUCACCACCUCUUUGUCUGAUGUGGAGAAGGUAAAUAAUCAAGUAAUGGAGGAGCAAGCUUAUCUGCUGAACUUAGCAGAAGUGCAGAUAAUGUCUCGCUGUGACUAUUUCCUUGCCAAAAUAAAGCAGGGAGAUAUAGCUCUCUUGGAGGAGGCAGCAGAUGAGGAAGAACCAGAACUGACCAACAGUCUCCCAAGGGAGCUGACUCUUCAAGAGGUUGAACUCCUCAAGGUGAGCCACGUGGGACCGCUGCAGAUUGGGCAGGUGGUAAAGAAACCCCGGACUGUUAACGUGGAGGAAUCACUUGUGGAAACCGCAGCAUCCUCAUCAGCAUCAUUUCGGGAGCCCGACUUGGUGCAAGAAGAGCCCAGCUGCACACCCAGCUCCUCACCAGCCAAGCCAAGGAUGCCCGAAGCAGCCACAAGCAUCCAGCAGUGCCACUUCAUCAAGAAGAUGGGCUCCAAGGGCAGCCUGCCAGGGAUGUUUAACCUCCCCGUCAGCCUGCACGUCACCCUGCAAGGAGAGGUGCUCGUGGCGGACCGAGGCAAUUUCCGAAUCCAGGUUUUUACCCGCAAGGGUUUUCUGAAGGAGAUCCGCCGGAGCCCUAGUGGAAUCGAUAGCUUUGUACUGAGUUUCCUCGGGGCAGACUUGCCCAAUUUGACUCCCCUUUCUGUCACCAUGAACUGCCACGGCCUGAUAGGUGUGACGGACAGCUACGAUAACUCCGUCAAGGUCUACACCAUGGAUGGCCAUUGCGUGGCCUGCCACCGGAGCCAGCUCAGCAAGCCCUGGGGCAUCACAGCUCUGCCUUCGGGCCAGUUCGUAGUGACUGAUGUGGAAGGGGGGAAACUCUGGUGUUUCACGGUGGACCGUGGCAUGGGGGUAGUAAAGUACAGUUGCUUAUGUAGCGCUGUGCGCCCAAAGUUUGUCACCUGCGAUGCUGAAGGGACCAUUUACUUUACUCAAGGGCUGGGGCUCAACCUGGAGAACCGGCAGUACGAACACCACCUGGAAGGAGGAUUUUCAAUUGGCUCUGUUGGCCCCGAUGGGCAGCUGGGACGCCAGAUCAGCCACUUCUUCUCCGAGAAUGAGGAUUUCAGGUGCAUUGCUGGGAUGUGUGUCGAUGCCAGGGGAGACCUCAUUGUUGCUGACAGCAGCCGGAAAGAAAUCCUGCAUUUUCCUAAAGGAGGCGGCUAUAACAUCCUAAUCCGGGAAGGACUUGUCUGUCCCGUUGGUAUCGCCAUUACUCCCAAAGGGCAGCUGCUGGUGCUGGACUGCUGGGAUCACUGCAUUAAGAUCUACAGUUACCAUCUGAGAAGAUAUUCUACCCCUUAAAGGCACGUUUCUAAGCAAACCCUCUUUUGGCAGCAGAGAUUCUUCCAGCCUCGAUGCAAUCUGAUGGGAACCGGUGUCAAGCAAGAAUUCAGGAAGAUUGUGCCAUAACUGAAGGGGAUUUAGCAUAGAGGCCAUCAUGUUUUGUGUUUAGAAACAAAAUAGCUUACAUGGUUGUGGUCUGCUUUAUCUUCUUUUCUAUAUAAAAACAGUACAAUAAAAAAGAACAAGCACAAGGGAAAGGAUCCAUCCUUCUGGAAUGUUGGUUCCUUGCUCAAUGACUCCAUAAACUUCUCACCUCCUUUUGCCACAUCUCUAACACUUCCAGCUUCAACCACUGUAUCUUUGUGCCAUAAACACUGACUGACUGCUCUAAAUCGCCUUCCCUUAGAGGACCAGAGAGGCAAAAUCCUCUUCUCGCUGUGGUACUUGCAAGGAACUGGGUAGCAGUUGUCUGGGCAACUACUAGAGAAAGCAAUUUCUGAUUGCAGCACUGCGUAAACCGAAAUAGCCCUCUCAGACUGCGGGGAGACGGAGCUUUACUUUCAAACUGAUGAGGGAGGGUUUUCUCUCUCUGCUUUUCUGGUAUUCAGGAGAUCGCCCCUUGUCGUGCCAUUUGUGAACCGUGUCUGUUCGAUGUGAAGUGAGUCCUGUGCAAUCAUGGGAGACGGAGCUGAGCCAGAAAAGUGCCCUCUGAUGGCAACAGGGUUUUUAUGACUACUAAGAGUUGUUCUAGGUAGAAAGGGGUAAAAAGGGAGGGGGCUGGAGUUAAAAAAAACCAGGAAACCUACGGUUGAUAUUCGCUGUUGUUUUGUUAUUAAAUGUAUCCUGGAAACUGUCUUUGGAAGGUAUGUCUGGUAUCUAAAGCUUCAUGUGGGAGGAGGAAAGGGCUGAGGGAAUAAGACUGGGAAAUUAUAGUAAAUGAGAUUAAAUGCAACAUAUUGUCUGUUCACCUGCACUUCACUGUUCUGAAUUCCAGGCCAUUACAUUUAGCGAGAGUUUCCACCCGUCUGCACUUUGGAUAUUCAGGCAACUCACAGCUGAGAUGGGGGGAAAGCCAUUUCGCCUUUAUUUUUUUAAUACUUGGAAACACAUCCAUUGGUGCGUUGCCUUUUUUCCCUUGCACAGCAAAACACUACAUUCCUCAGAUUAUUUUUUUACAGCACCAGCAGGCACCAGAGUUCAUGUUCAUCGCGGCUUUGGGCCAAACGAAGCACAAAACUGCAGCUGUGUGAACCGAGGCCCCCACAGUGCUACUCUCCUGGCUGAUAAAUGUGUACCUCAGUGUGGUGCUGCUCGCCUAGAAUCGUUUAUUGAAGGAAAGAUGCAUUUAAAUAGGGCACAGUGGUAGCAUGUUAAUCUGCCACAGAUAAUAGUUAGACCGCAGUGCGUUUAUUUGUUGCUAUCAACAACGUAGUUGCAAAUUUGGGGGCACAACAGACAAUAUAAAAACUGAUUUUAUAGCGGCUGCCGUGCGACAGCAAAUUGUUUGCUCCUUGUGCUACAACAUGUAUGCAACAGGUGAUUUUGGUUUUUAAGCUCCCCCAUUGAAACGGCAAAGUAAAAGAGGCUUCGGAGCCACUGCUGCUCCAGCCGGUUGAUCGGGAAUUAUGGGGUUUGCAUAAGCGCUGGGAGCAGAUUUUGCUGGGAUUUUGUGGGGUUUUUCUUUGUUUGCUUUAGUGUUUUUGUUUGGGUUUUUUCUGUUUGUUUGGUUUAGAGGGGUUUUGUUUCUUUUUUUUUUUGUUUGUUUGGGUUUGGUUUGGUUUGUUAGUUGUGUUUAUUUGUCUGUUUUCUCUCCUUGUUCAGCUCAGACAAAGCACUGAAGAGCACACAAACACCCAGCCGAUGGAGGCGCCCCCUCUCUGGGGCAACUUGUUAUUUCUCUCACUAAAAUUGCCUGGAAAAAGCCUGGGGAGAAGGAGCAGGAGCUGAGACACCGACAUGGUGAUGGUCCAAGGAACUGCCCCCCUUCCCUCCUCUGCUGCUCCCUGGCUUUGCCGAGGCUGCCAAAUUGCACAGAAUUAUUUACAUUCUUUGCUGCUCUUAUUUGGGUGGGAGAUGGCAGUCGCCUGAGGUAUGUAAGAGUAAUUUGGGGAGCUGAUCUCAUCCUGCAUGUAUGUUUUUGGGAGAUGAUGACUAUUACUGGGCCCUUCUGCAGUUAAUUACAUUGUAACUCAAGGCGUUUUUUCCAGUAUUGCAGUAAUGGCAGUUCCUCUCCUACUGAUCUCUUUUAAACACUUCUCCUCUUUCUAAGAACUGCUUCAAGCAGGAAGCUACCGUGGACCUGAAUAAUUGAAGCAAUAUUAUCUAUGAUAAUAUGUACCUCUGUCAUUUUCUGUUCCAAUGGAUUUUUUUUGUUUUUGGCAAUAAACAUCACACUGUUAGCAAUAACAUUUCCUGGAGUGCUUGAAGGGACAGAAAAGCUGGUCUGGUAAACUGAGCAGUUGGUUACCCAGCCUGUUCCUGGUCACACAGUUCAAACAAAGCGUCCAUCAUGUUUCUCACUCAGAGAUCCAAGGAAAACAACAUUAUGCUGUGAUGCACGGGUGGGCCAGGACACUGCAAUCUGCGCCUGGGGGUGUGUGUGUCGCCUGCAGCUCUUCUAGUCUGGGUUUUUAGGUAGAAAAUGGAAAAAAAAAGCCUGCUGUCCCUCACCCAGGGCUUGCAGGUCCCCUGACAGAACCUGACAGCGACUACAAAAUGAUUUUGCAGAGCUGUAUUUCUUGCCGUGGUGCCCCCACGCAAUGUUGUGAUCGUCUGCCAAGCGAGAUGAAAUGGGGUAAUUAAGGAUUGUGAUGAAAUAGUUUGGCUGCUGCUCUCUACCUGGAAGAAGAGCUUGUCUGGUUAUACCUAUGUGUUCGGGUUUUAAAGAUUGUGUAAUAAAGGAAAAAUUGAUCCAAUUAAAA